AUGAGCAACCAAGCAGCGGAACUUACCGCAAAAAACGAGGGCAGCAGAGACGGGAACACGGGGAACCGAAAGACACCAAACGUUGAACCACUCGAGUCCGGUCCACCGACCCUCAACCGACUGCGGCGUACCAGCAAAGAAAACACUGGAGAGACGGCCGCUCUCCAGCGCAGAUCACUCAGUUUGGCGGACCUCUACCUCACCCCCCUUUGGACCGGAGGCUCACCACCGCUGCACUUAGAGCCCACUGCGUGA